CGGGGCUUAAAAUGAGAGCCACGGCCAGAUGUGAUUCCACCACCGAAGAAGCAGCAUCGUCUUCGUCCACGCAUCGUCCUUUACCGUUAUUGGUGCCGCUGGUAACGGUAUCUGGCCGUUUGGUUCGGUUCCGUUCAGUUCGCAGUUCGCACGGGUCACAGACGGGCCGAGUUUUAAUUGGCACGGCGAUUUUUGUAGCGUGGACUAGACAGCCCACUAGCCCACAGAUAUCUGACAUGGGAGUGUGUAUAAACGGCCAAGUGCAAGACGUGGAUUAAUGUAAACCAACCCAGCAAAGUCGCAAUUAAAAUUGCAUUAAAAUUUUAAAGAAUUGUAUUGUGUGUGUGACGUGAGAGUGGUGUGGAUUUGCAAUACUGCAAAUUGGUAAAAAAGUUAAAUGAUUAAAGUGCCCAAGUUUGAUGAUUAAAGCUCAAACUUUUAAUUCGUGGGCGAUUACAAUGUUUCGGUAAUUGGCACUGGAGGAGCAAGGAGCAAGGAGCAAGGAGCCCACAAAAGAUUGGGAUAACGAGCCGAAGACCCACCCAGACCCAGAUUUGAAAAGUUCGUGCCAUAAAUCCUAAACUUGCAUGGAAUUAAUACCCAACUUGGAGCAGAGGCAUUAGUGAGAGCAGUAGGCGGUGAGGAGGUGGAGAAGGAGGAGGAGGCGGGUGUGUGUUGCACAUGCAACACACAUUAGUGGGUCACUCGAAGAUGAUGACGCUGAUGACCGCAACGGUAGGAACGGCAGAAACUGCAGGAACGACCACAAUUUUGCAGCAGCUAACGAAAAUUAUAUAAAAUUAUCAUGCAGGGCAGGCAGCUGGCAGGCUUGCCACUUGACAGCGGCAGGCGGGACAAGGCCUCUAAACACUACUACCAGCAGUACUACCACCAGCACCAGCAGCAGAAAAAUCAAAAUCAAAACCAAAGGCAACGGCAAAGGCAAGAACGGGUCGCAUGACGUAUACGUAAUGUGCACCGGGAGUCGGCCAAUUUGUCCAAAACAGCCACUGAACCACUCAACCACUCUGCCGCUGAGCAAACGGAAGUGUACACAGAAACUCGAGCCAAAAACCAACGAGACAAAACUGGAACUGCUGGGAACUGCUACUGCUGCUAGGAAAGUUUGUGGCCAAAUGGCGAAAGUUGUUAAACAAUUGCGAGUCUGUUGAGAAGCCGGUGCGAAAAUGACAGAAUGGCGAAGUUAACGUUGCCCUUUCUACUGCAGCGACUGCAGCUGAUGGCGCUGCAACUGAUGCCCCAAAAUCAACAGCAACCACAACACCAACCAAACACCAACCAACAAAAGGCCGAACCUGAGCACGCCCAGAAGCAGCACGGCUGCCAGUUGAUGGUCAUGCAGCUGGGUCAGGUCAUGCUCCUCUACGGCUGCCUCCUGCUGCUCCACGCCUCCGUCUCGGUCUCCGUAUCUGCCACGGCUUCGGCUUCGGAUUUGGGAACUGUGGUUAUGCCCGCGAUGGUAAACCUUUCAUCGGCUAAGCAUUUGGGAUACGAACAGGGCCAAAAGCUGCGGGAGAACCUGGUGGAGAAACGUGCUUGGAAACGUGAAGCUGCCAAUGUGCCUGAAGAUGACUACGAUGCCAGUUAUCCGGAUGAAGUCGAUGAUUUGGAGGCCUUGCUUAAUAAUAAGUCGGCAAAGGGUAAAUACAUUGGAGCUCCGUGCAACGAGUUGAAAUGUGACGUCAAGUUGCUGCAUGUGUCCUGCGACAAGGAGACCCACACCUGCACCUGUGAGCGCAACUAUCCCGUGCAGCUAGGACUGAUUAAGGGUUGCGCCAAACCUAAAAAACUAGGCGAUCAGUGUUUCUACGAUGAGACGUGCAUCUACAACGACGAGAACUCCCUUUGUGUUCAGGUGCGUCACAAUGCGAUGUGCCAGUGCGUCAGUGGCUUCCACUCGGUCAGUUAUGUGAAGCCAACGCGACGCGUCUUUUGUACGCCAGACCUCAGUGAAUUGAGCUCGGAUUUGCCCACUCUGCUGGGUGUAUCCACGGGAAUUGCUGUCCUGGCAGGACUAAUCUGCAUGGUGUUGCAUCUGUUUAGCAAAACAAAGUAUCCGCGGAGUCGAAACUACGGAGAUGCCAGCAUUGCACCGCCCAUUCUCUACUCCAGCGAUACGGGGAUACCGCUCACCGUUCACUCGGCGCGUCCGUCUUCGCGGUCCAGCAUUCGGUCGACGGGAUCCAUCGGCUCCUAUGGCCACGGGCGGCGAGCUUCGUCCGGCGGACUGGGUGGAGGAGCGGCCGGAGGUGGGGCUGGAGUCGGCGGCGGAGGAGCAGGUAGCGUCGCAGGAGCCGGCGGUGGCUCGAAGGGCAUCCUCGUGUCGACGUCUCGUACAGGUUCUCGAAGACCAAGUCUAGCAUCGGUCCACAGUACGAGCUCCUCGGUGCGCAGUUACAGUAUGAUGCGCUUCGAGAAGGAGGUCCAGCAGAAGGAGAUCCGGCAGGAGAUGAAGUUGCGCCUGGCGCGGCUCCAGCAGCAGCAGCAUCUCACCCAGAACAAGCCGCAGAUCAUAAUUGGGGAGGCACUGCUCCAGCAUGGCGCCCUCAGUCGCGUCACCAUGGCCACGCCCAGUCCCCUAACGCCCAACUCGCUGGACGAGCUGCUGCCAUCGCUGGAUGAGAAUCAGGAGUAUCCCCCCAGGCUGGAGACUACAUUCAAGCAGCUAGUACAGCCUCAGAUAACGGGGGCAGGAUCCACUGGAUCUCCGGGAGCUGUUCUGCGAGGUAGUGCCGCCCAGUCGAACUGCUCCCCCGCUAGCACGAACGGAUACCACGGUCCCUGCAGCUCCUCGACUGAGGCCCUCUAAAAUAAAUGCUAAAGUUAGGCCCGAGUUGUAAUUAGUUUGUAAGUUAAUCGAAGAUUUCUCAUUUAAUUUGCAAACUAGGAAAUGGGCGGUAAUUGCUAAUUAAAUUGAAUGCAAAUUGAACGGUGAACGUGAAACGUGUGUGUGCUAAUUAGUCUAGGGUCUAGACUAUAGAUUAUGUGUAACAUAGUAAGUAGCCCCAAAAAAUAGGCGUAAAUAUUAGGGCGUAAGUCUUAGGAAAAAUUCACAUACGAGUUCUCAAAAUAGGAAGCCUUUUGUGUGUAUCAUAUUGCGGUAGGGAGCUCUAGUUAAUCGAAACAUUUUAUACGUGUGUGUGUAUUGUCAUACAGUUUUUUGUAGAAGUUAUACAAGCGAUAAUUCCAAUAAAAAAUAAACCUAAAUGAUAAUAAAUGAUUGAUAAAUAAUGAGAGCCAAGUGAGGGGGAAUAAGUAUAAGUUAAGCCUUUGAGUCCGUAAGCUUGGCUUUUCACUUAGAUCGAGAUGAAUUGAUUAGAGUAACUUAGUCUACAGUUUAUCGUUAGUAUGAGAUAGUACUGAUAUAAUAUACACAAGAUGAAUUUAUAUAUAUGGAAAAUCGGUUUAUACAACAGUAGUUUCUUCUAUGGGGAUAUAUGCCAGUUCGUUCUAGAUAAAAAAUCAAUAAUUAUGCUAAACCAUCGCCACGUUCGAAGAUCAAAAGAUAUGUAUGGGUAGUCUAAGUCCCCUAGAAGGAGAAAUAAUUAUGUUUACUUUUAGGAAUAAUUAUGGAAAUGUUAGUCAAUUUUAGUUUACGAUUUACGAAUUUUUCUACAGAGGCGUUUCAACCGAAAACAAUAAUCGAAUAGGCGUAGCUGAAAUUGUAAAUUACUAAUCCCCGCGAUUGUAACAUAAUUUAAUAUUUGAUACCAAGGUUGUUGAUCGUAGUGUUGAUGUUCUAUCUACCGUACCUUGUUUGGUUCCAUAAUUUGUUGUAUCCUAUCUACUACUGAUCCGUUCUAUAUAGAGUAUGAGCGUUAUGUAAAACACAAACCUACACACCUAUACAAAGCCAUAUGCAUAACUCUAUGUAUAUUUGUACUUAACUAAGCUACUAUAUGGUACAUCCGACGAGUAGGCACAUAUCUGAAGUUCAGUGUUGGUUGAUAUUGGGAGUAAAUACAAAUAAAUGCAAUUUUGUGUUUUGAAAAAGUGAUGUUU